GAACCAUUGCGACACCUAGCAAGAUGGCGGCCUCCAUGGUUGUUGGCUCCCGCAGGGUUUGGGACGGCUGCUGCCGCGGGCAAAGGGUGCUUCGCCUCCUUCGGGGCCUGUGCAGCGGGGGACAGCGCCCGGCCACCGACGGAGAGACGCAUUUCGGGUUCCAGACCGUGUCUGAGUCGGAGAAAAGCGAGAAGGGUGAGCUAGGCGGAAGGGAGUAGCCAGGCCUCGGCUGAGCGGAGGCGGACGGUUAAUUUAUUUGUUUUGUUUAAAAUUGUCAAUCGGUUUUGGGGCUUUUUUUUACAAAAGAAACUCAAAGCGACUUACAACAGUAAAUAAAUAACACAUACAUUAAAGAUAGUGUGAAACUACAAUAGAAUAAAUAUCCUUUUGUUUUUAUUUAUUAUAGCAUUUAUACUACACUAAAAUCAGUGGGCCUACUCUGAGUAAAAUAUAGUUGUGGAUACAACCCUGUGAGAGGUCCAAGGGUCACCCAGUGCUGAAUGGGGAUUUGAGCUCUGGUAUUCCAGGCCCUAGUUUAACACUAUAACUAUUAACACCAUGAUUUUAUUUUGCCCUUUAUCACAUUUGUGACCCUGGGAGGAUUAGAAGAACAAAUGCAUAAAAAAAAUAAAGUUACCUGAAGAUUCAGUGACAUACAACAAAACGUAUAAAAUUAAUCGGGAUUUAACAUAAACUGAAUAUGCAGUGAUGCAACAGAGUCUUGUGGCAAACUGAAGACUAACAAAUUGGUUUUACACCAUGCAGGAACUGAGUUUUCCAGGAGGAUAGCCAGUGAUGGCUCCAGUUGACAGGAGGGAGGGGAUGCUGUAGUUUGAGUGUCAACACAGAAAAAGUCUUGUCCUAGAUCAUCACACAGUGUACCUCACCUGUAAGUGGGUCCAUGAGAAGGGCACAGGCAGACUUAUAUUGGGAGAGGUGCUCUUUCAAAGAUCCAGGUCUCAAGUCAUUUAGGACUUUAUAUGUUAAAGUCAACACCUUAAAUUAGGGCAGGAAAGGUAACUGGGGAAAGCUUUCAGAAAUUGUGUGAGCCUACUUGAGCGUUUUCACAGUAGCAUUUGGAAGCAACCACAGUUUCCAGCCCAUUUUCAAGGGCAGCCCCAUAUAGAUAAUGUAUAACAGAGCAGUGACAGGAAUCUUUCUAGAAGAGAAAACGGCAUCUACCAGAGCAGAUACUCUACCAUUGAGCUACAGCCCUUCCCUGAAAGAAAAAAAAAAAGUAUCUUGCAGUAUGUGGCAAUGCAAUCAACACAUUAUUUGAUCAUGAUCAGUGAUGCAGCUAUCUUUUUCAGUUUACCAAGUUUUUGAAAAUGUGGCUAAGAAGUAUGAUUUAAUGAAUGAUUCAAUGAGUCUGGGAAUCCAUCGUCUUUGGAAGGACAACCUGCUGCAUCAAAUGAACCCAUACCCUGGAAGCCAGUUGCUUGAUGUUGCUGGAGGGACAGGUGAGACCCAUGUUGUUCAUAGGCAUCUUUUAAGGAGCUUUAGCUCCACGUUUGAGACCGUGUGUAUAGUACUGUUUGAGACAAUGUGUAAAGUCAUUUAUUUUUUAGGAACUUAAGAAGCUGCCUUAUACAGAGAGAGCCUUGGUCCACCUAGCUCAGAUUUGUCAACCCUGACUGGUAGCAGCCUCUGGGAAGUGAGCAAUCCCCAACAAUCUGUAUUGUGAAGAGAUUAAUGUUAUUCAACUUGUUGCUCUGGAGUUGGGGGUGAGCAAUGAAUUAGGAUUAUGGGAAGCUGCCUUUUGCUGGGUCAGACCACUAGUCAAAACUGCCUGUGCUGACCAACAGCAAUUGCUCUCCAGGGUUUCAAGUAUCGUCUCUCCUAGCCCUACCAGGAGAUGUCAGGGAUUGAAACUGGAACUGUCUGCAUUAAAAAGAGAUGCUCUAUCACUGAGCUACAACCCUUCCUGUUCACUUUUUAGUUUUUCAGGUUAUUUGUUUUUGUGUUUUGUUAAGCUUAUUUGGUGGUUUCUAAAUUGUAUUUAUAUGUUGUGUGCAAAUCAGGGUUAUUCUAGCCUUCCAAAACCUGCUGGCCUCCAGAUUUCGUUGGACUACAACACCUAUUAGCCCUAGCCAGCAUGACCAAUGGUCAAGGAUGACAGUAGCAGUGGUCCAAAUCACUUGAAGAGCACCAGGUUGGGAAAGCUGGUUUAUUCACACUUCUGUAUACAUUCCUGGGAGCUUCUGAUGAAGGAGUGUUAAUGACUCAAACAAGUAAUUAACAGUAGUACAAUCCUCUGCAGAUCUAUUUGGCACCAAGUGACACAAUCUCAAAGGGAAUGACCCCCGGGAAAGUGGGUGGAUGUGGUGCUUUUUUAUUAUUUAGAAUACUUUCCGUCAAGUGGUUCUCAACUUGGUUUUGCACAAGGUUGCAAUAAUACAAGAUACUGAACACACACAUGCUUUACCCUGCAACAUUUAGUCCUCUGGUUGUUUGGGAAAGGGCCUUGACUCAGUGCUCAAGCAUCUUCUUUGCAUUCAAAAGGUUCCAGGUAGGACUGGGAGAGACUCCCUGCUUGAAACUCUGGAGAGCCAUUGCCAGAACAGUGUAGGGAGCAUUGAACUAGAUGGGCCAAUGGGCUGAUUCAGCAUAAGGCAGCUUCCGAUGCACAAUCUUUCCUGAGUGCUGCUGAAAUUGGACUGUGCUUCCCUCUGGACAGUCUCAGGACAGUUGGCAUUUGGAGCUGAAUGUUCUCCCUAGGUUGAAUAAAUGAAUGCAGCUUGAGAAUGAAUGACUACAUUUUGAAUAAACAUUCACAAUUUUUUUACUGAUAAUAAUUAGCUAAAUAGUUUGAAGAUCUACACAACUCUGUAAGAUGCAGAAAAUAGUGUUAUUGGAGAAACCAAAGACUGGAACUGAGGGAAGUCGGGGGGUGGGGUGGGAGGAUGGGUUCUGUGGGGGGGGGGGAGGAAAAAAUGGGGGGGGGAAUAAGGAUAUAUUUUUGGAAAAUAUGUUUUGUUAUAACUUUGAAUAAAUAUUUUUUUAAAAAAAGAGAGAAUGAAUGACUGCAGAAACUCCUAGUGUAGUACGUUAGUGCCCUUACAAUACUUAAGCAUUGAAUUCUAGGGAAGAAUCCCACAUUAUGAGUCUUCCUUUCAAAACUAAUGCAGGAGACAUCGCCUUUCGGUUUAUCAAUUACGUUCGUUCCCAGCGGGAGCGACGAAUCCAGCAGCAGCUGAGAUCCCAUCAGAAUUUAUCGUGGCAGGAGAUUACCAAGCUUUACCAUGAAGAGGAUCAUCAAUCCCUGGGAGGAUCCCAUGUUGUGGUUUGUGACAUUAACAAGGAGAUGCUGAAGGUUGGGAAGAAGAAAUCACAACGCCUUGGUUAUUCUAAAGGUAAUAGACUGGCACUUCAGCAAAGGGAUGGAAAUCGUGUAUGGAUAGCCUAGUUCAACAUCUAAGCCCCACCCUUUUGACUAGAAAAAAGUUUAACUUACAUUACUCAGAUUACCCCUUUACUUGUACAGUAUAUGUCAACCUGGAACACUUCAGUUACGUUGGACUACAAUUCCCAUCAGCCACAGCCAGUGAAGGCUGCUCUUAAGCAUCCUGCCUAUAAGCACUCAGCAUACUGAAUGAUGUCUGUCUAUAAUUAGCAACAAUUAGUUAUUCUUUGAAGGCAUGGAGAAGAGGUGAGUGACUGGUGACAUGAUAGUAUUUAAAAUUAUGCAUGGCAUAAAGAAAGUGGAUUGAGAAAUAGUUUUCUCCCUCACAUUUAGUUGAGAUUCCUGCAUUGCAGGGAGUAGAUGACCCUUGGGGUCGCUUCCAAAUCUAUGAUUUUAUUACUAGAACUUAACAGGCACCCAAUGAAGCUAUAUAUUGGAAGAUUCAGGGCAGAUAAAGGACUUAUUCACACAGCAUCUAGUUAAACUGUGCAACUCACUCCUACAGGAGGCAGUGAUAGCCACCUACCAGAUGGCUUUGAAAAAAGAAUUAGAUAAAUUCAUGGAGGAGAAACUAGCCAUGAAGGCUGUGCUCAGCUCUGCGGUUGAAGGCAGCAAUGCUUCUGAGUACCAGUUCCUGGAAACCACAAAAGGGGAGAGUGCUUCUGUGCUUGAAUCCUGCUUGCUGGUUUUCCACAGGCAUCUGGUUGACCAGAUCCAGCAGGCUUUUCAUAUGUUCAUAUGGAAUACUACAGCUACAGCAGUGUCUUUUUAAGCUUUACUCCAUACACGUGUGCCAUCUUGUGCUGGUUUGCUUUAAGUUGACUUUUGCCUGUAAAUGAGGGUAGAUACUCUCCUAGAAGUCUGGUUUCCUUUGAUGAUACAGCCUUCCAGAAAGUUGCUUAGGGUGUGCCGCUGAGCAGUUUCCCUUUACAUUCUUUCAAAGGAUUAUCCUGGGUGCUUGGAGAUGCUGAAGAGUUGCCCUUCAACAAUGACAGUUUUGACAUAUACACAAUUGCCUUUGGUAUUCGGAAUGUCACUCAUAUAGACCAGGUGAGCAUUGGUCAGAUCUUGCUGGAUUUUACUCUUUGAAGAACACAACAGCUUGCUCUGCUGGAUCAGAGCAAGGUCCAUGUAGUCCAUGGGUAGGCAAACUAAGGCCCGGGAGCUGGAUCCAGCCCAAUCACCUUCUAAAUCCUGUCCGCGGAUGGUCCGGGAAUCAGCGUGUUUUUACAUGAGUAGAAUGUGUCCUUUUAUUUAAAAUGUAUCUCUGGGUUGUGGGGCCUGCCUGGUGUGUUUUUACAUGAGUAGAAUGUGUGCUUUUAUUUAAAAUGCAUCUCUGGGUUAUUUGUGGGGCAUAGGAAUUUGUUCAUUCCCCCUCCAAAAAAAAGUCCCCCCCCCCCCAGGUCUGAUGGACAGUGGACUGGCCCCCUGCUGAAAAAGUUUGCUGACCCCUGUGUAGUCAACCAUUCUGUUUCCAAUGCUAGCUAGUCAUUUGCCUCUGGGAGAGAAGGGUAUGGGUUUCCUGUGUUUAUUAUUAUUGAGAGGGGUAACAGCACAAGAGCCCUACUGGAUCAGACAAUCUAGCCUACUAUCCUGGCCUCAUAGUGUCCAACCACAUACCUAUGGGAAUUUGGCAAACAGAACUUGAGCACAACAGCACAUAUGCUCUCCAGCAACUGGUAUUGAGAGGCAUACUCUCUCUAAUGCUGGAAGUAGUACAUGCUCAUUAUCUGCCCAUGUAUUUGCUUAGUCAGCUUCUAAAAUCAUCCUAGCCGUUAUUCAUUGAGCUUCUUUACUUGAGGACUUGGGAUUUAAGAGACUGAGUCAAUAUAAUGCUGAGAUUAUGAUCAGCUUCAGGAGGGAAAAAAAAGGCAAAAGGAGAGAGUAGUCUGCCCUGGGUCUCCUUGUCCUGUUACCAAACUUGCACAGGUGCCUAACUUGCUCGGUACCUUGAUGCUUUGUCCGGUGGGGCUCCCCCCUCCCUUUCUCAUAGAUUGAGCUUCCACCAUAGCUUACCCUAUUUUUACAUUCCCGGCUAGCUUCUUCCAGCUGCUACCUGGAGAAUCUAUUUAACUAUUCAUUUCUCUUGAUUUUAUUUCUCUUGCUGCAAAAAUAAAGCUUUUAGGUGGACAUCAUUAAAUUGAGAGGGAAGGCAGUGGAGGCCUGGAAAACAGGGACUGGCAAAAGGAAUAGCAGCCUAGGAUUCAGCUGCUUGCUUCUCACACAGCAGCUUGCUUCUCACUUGCUCAAAACUGGCAGUCACUGUCUCUAAAGGCAGCUGGUAUAUAUUGAGAGUUUGCAACGGUUCUUAAAUUGUAUUUAGUGUGUUUAUUAACAUGAACACAACUUGCCUUGCCAAAUCCAUGUUCUGGAUCUCAGAAUAGCACUGUGUGAAGCAUCAUAAAUAUACUUAAUGUCUUCUUCAUUCCACCGUUUUUUUCCAGGCUCUUCAGGAGGCUUAUCGAGUCCUGAAACCAGGAGGGAGAUUCCUCUGCCUAGAAUUCAGUCAUGUCAACAACUCCUUCAUUUCCAGGUUGGGUUAGAGAUUCUCUCUCUUUUUCAUCCCCUUAAGCAAAUGUUGUCUACCUCCAGAUGUUUUGAAUUACAACUCCCAUCAUCCCCAGUUGGGACAUAGGAUUCUGGAGCUUGCAGGAUGGCUAUGCAGGCAGGGGCUGAUGGGACUUAGGAUUGGCAGAUGAAGGGCCCCCCAGCCCCCAUCUUCCUCUUAUCAUAGCACUGGAGAAUACAGUUACUGUCAUUUCUCCUGUGCACUCUCCAUUGCAGCACUGGGCUGGGAAGAGAUGUUUAAACCACCUUAGUGCACUGUAACGGGAAUGAGUAUAGUGUGUGUUUGGUGGCAUGUGGCCCUUGAAGGGCUGGCCAGCCUUGAAGUACCACUCUGUUCUGCCUUGGUCAGACCCCGCCUGGAGUAUUUUGUACAGUUCUGGGCAGCAGAGUUUAAAAUGGAUAUUGACGAGUUGGAAGAUGUGCAGAAGGCAACCAGUAAGAUAAAGGGUCUGGAAACCAAGCCUUGUGGGGAAGGUUUGAGGGAGCUGGGUAUGUUUAGCCUGGAGAAGAUUGAGAGGCGUUAUGAUAGCCAUCUUCAAAUAUAUAAAGGGUUGUCACAUGGAAGAUGGAACAAGCUUGCUUUAUGCUGCUUCGGAGGGCAGGACUCAAAUGUUUCAAAUGGCAAGAAAGGAGAUUGAUCUGUUUUAUCUGUAUUAACCUACUGGUGUUUUUCCUCCCUUUGCAGUCUGUAUGAUCUGUAUAGCUUCCAGGUUAUCCCUGUGCUGGGCGAGGUUAUUGCUGGUGACUGGAAAUCCUACCAGUAUCUCGUAGAAAGCAUCAGGCGCUUUCCGUCCCAGGUAAAAAAAAAAAAUCCUUUUAAGUCUAUAAACAUUGAGGUUGCAAUUGUACUUCCUAGGAUUGUACACAGCAAGUGUCCCAGGUGAGGUGCACUGUGAAAUGUUCGGGAAUCCUGCAGUUUCAUCACUUAUUGACAGUAUCACCAUUGUUGCAUUUCAGGUAGAAUUCAAGGAGAUGAUUGAAGAUGCAGGCUUUCUGAAGGUGGACUAUCAGAACCUGGGUUCAGGCAUUGUGGCUAUUCACUCCGGCUUCAAGUUAUGACUUUCAUCUUACAGCGCACAGGUUUUAAAAUGAAAGGGUGGACUGAACUCUGAUGGCCAAAUUCAAAUGGUUAUGGCCUUGCAACACACUCGGCAUCACGCCAUCAAAGCACACUAAUCCCUUGGGGAAUUAAAUUUCAGUUAUCAGUCAGCUGCUGUAGUCAUGUGACAGCUGGGUAAGCAUCUGCCUCAUCUUGCUAGGGAACAACACGUGAACCACUGGAAGAUGGGACUUUUAUUUCAGUGAGAAUUUUUUAAAAAUCUGAUGGGUUUAGGCAGUUCUGUUCAUGAGGGCAGCUGCAUUUUAAGACUCAAGUAAUUUCCUAUUUCAAUCAUGUCAGCCACCUUUUGUGUAGCCAUGUGUGGCACCAACUAGCUUUAAAAACAAAGAGGUCUGCACUUACUGGGUAAAAGUCACUGAAGCUCCAGAUUAAAAGUCACUGAAGCUCCAGAUUUCUUGCUGUAUUUAUUAAAAAUAUAUAUUUUCAAAUUUCUUUUGUUUCAUUGAAAUAAGACUUGUAAUUUGUUUGAACCUCAAAAUGGAUGUAGCCUCUGUGUAGAGGACACAUACUCUAUAAUUACCAAGAUGGGAGGUCCUCAUCUAUAAAGGCUAUUAUUUAUUGAAUUUAUAUACUGCCCUAUACCCAGGUCUAUGGCAACACACACAUAAUCCUCAUCUCCUGCUGUAAUGUAAGCAUGUAUAACUACAGUAACUACCAUGUUAUUUCUUCUCUUAAAAAACUCUACCAUGAGGUUAAGGAGCUGCCCCCCCCAUCCUUUAAAUAGUAGCAUCAUGUAUGUGGUACUGCAUGAUUACAAUAGAUUCAAGUGUGAAGAGUUACAUAAAUGUUCCCGUAUGUGAAGAAAGCUUGGGCACUGCCAUUCUUGGUGUAGUGCUGCAUCUCCUGAACCCAAGCCCCUGGAUUCUGUUGAGUGGCAGUAAGUCUUCAUGGACUGCCUGCCCUCCAUCAUCACUUUUGGCAGGAUUGAAUAUCUACAUUAGAAAGAGGAGUAACUAGCACAGAGGAGCAAGCAUUUGCACAAACUACAUACAGUAUUUAAAGUUUGAUGGAGGUGCAUAUUGGGUCUCUGUACUUACACCUACAGUGAAAGCUGGAUAGCUCAGUUGGUUAGAGCAUGGUGCUGAUAAAACCAAGGCUGCAGGUUCGAUCCCCAUACAGGACAGCUGCAUAUUCCUGCAUUGCAAGAGUUGGACUAGAUGAUUCUCCGUGUCCCUUCUAACUCUGCAGUUAAAUGAUUUUCUGGGCUGGCCUUUACUUCAACACCAGAAGAUGCAAAUAAUUUUCCAGUCUGGAUGCUAUUGACCUCCCAUCUACCCCCCCUGAAAAGAACAGGCGAUGAGCUUGCAUGACUACCACCAAGUGAUAUAUUUGCAAUGAAAAGUAGUAGCAUCCACUGCAAAAAAUAAAAAUAAAAAAAAUCUUAACUACCAAAGAGCUACCAACUUUUUACAAAUUAAUGUUGCAUUCUCUAAAGUUGCAAAUAUUUUCAAUGGAAAAGUAGAGCAUGCACUCCAGUGUACAAAACAACAGGUCUUCGUAAAAUGCUUGAUUUGGAUUGUGGGGAAAGGAGAUCUGACAUGUCAGUGAAACAAGCAGGAGUUACACAUCCUGCUAAGCUAGGUGAUAAUUCUUUUUCCAAGCAGUGGUAUGUUUUAUUCCUUGGGCUUUAGACAGGCAUUCUAGCACUGUUCCUUACAUCAAGAUGCCCUGCCAUAAGUACUAUGAUGCCAAAAAAACAGUGCAAGUAUGCUACUGGGAACAAGUAUUGUAAAUGCUUUUGAUUACAUUGUUAGAAUGUUAUGUAUUAAAAUAUUCCAUAUUGGAAUUU